AUGUAUGAUUCAUUAAUGUCUGGCUUUACUCUACUUGGUUUAGAAAACUCAGAUCCAGACUACUCUACAAAGGCAUUUAAUUAUUUUAGCAACCAACCGAAUUUAUUUAAAAUAAAAAUAUGUGCACCUUACUAUUCGGAUCUUUUUGGCACAGUUUAUGAAAAUCUUUAUCCAAUUCUUAGCUAUUUGGGAAUUUCAACAUCAACAAAUUGGAUUUUUUUUUGUGAUACUCUUCCGCAACUUGAAACCACAACUCAAGAAACAAGUAUUUUGUCAUCAACAGAAUUAUAUUCUUCUUCUAUUGUAUCUGAAUCUGGCCAACAGUCUGAAGUUGUAUCAACUACCAGCUCUGCUUUGACCGAAACUUUGAUCCCCUCUAGUUCUGUUUCAGGUAAUAGUUCAGACAGUACUUUUGUUUCACAGUCGACAUUAAGUGAAGUUUCUGUAAGUUCUGAUUCCAUAGAGACAACUCCUAUCGAACUUCAAUCAAUAACUGAAUCUUCUACUUCAACAUAUACUUCGGAUUUUCCAAUCACUCUUGACUGUAACUACAAUGAAGAUGGAUGCAAUAAUGCUUAUACAGAAUUUCUAUCUUCUUUGGGCUUUCUAGAAGAAAUUCGUAAUACUUCGUUGGACUUUUUACUGCAAACUAGCAACACUUUAUUGGCAAAUGUUUUAGAAUGUGCUACCCGUUAUUCCGCCAUUGCUGAAAGCAUGUCUUCAAGCGUACUCUACAUAUUAACUGACAAUAACCUGCCAACGACUCCAUUAUUUUAUCCUUGCUCUACAUCUCAAGCAGAAACUUUAGAAACGGACUACAGCUCUACUGUGCCAUCAGUUGGCAUUUCAUCUUCUGUCGUUAUAUCAACAAGUGAGGAGUUAGAUACAACCACAAUAAUUCCUAUUCAAUCAUUGUCUACAAGUACUUCUUCUGAAGUCACUUCUGUUUCGGAUUUCGCUCAAACUCCUGUAACAAGUUUGUCAACCAUAACUGUAGAUGGUCAAACUUACACAAUUACUUAUAUUAGUAUACCAACUUUAACUUCUUCGAAAGUUUCUUCUACUUUUGACAUUUCUGCUGAAUUAACAUACAGUACAAUCCUUCCUCUCUUUUCAACUGAUAUCAAUUCAACAUAUGUUUCCAGUAUCAUUAGUACUGAAUCUGCUAUUCUUGAUACACCAACUUCCACUACACUGAUUACUCCUACUCCUAGUACUAUUAAUCCCACAUAUGUUUCCAGUAUUAUUAGUACUGAAUCUGCUAUUCUUGAUACACCAACUUCCACUACACUGAUUACUCCUACUCCUAGCACUAUUGAUCUUAUUUCUGGCAUUUCUUCAAUUAUCACCAGUUCUGAUCUAACUCCUGUAACAAGUUUGUCAACCAUAACUUUAGAUGGUCAAACUUACACAAUUACUUAUAUUAGUAUACCAACUUUAACUUCUUCGAAAGUUUCUUCUACUUUUGACAUUUCUGCUGAAUCAACAUACAGUACAAUUCUUCCUCUCUUUUCAACGGAUAUCAAUCCCACAUAUGUUUCCAGUAUCAUUAGUACUGAAUCUGCUAUUCCUGAUACACCAACUUCCACUACACUGAUUACUCCUACUCCUAGUACUAUUAAUCCUACAUAUGUUUCCAGUAUUAUUAGUACUGAAUCUGCUAUUCUUGAUACACCAACUUCCACUACACUGAUUACUCCUACUCCUAGUACUAUUAAUCCUACAUAUGUUUCCAGUAUUAUUAGUACUGAAUCUGCUAUUUUUGAUACACCAACUUCUACUACACUGAUUACUCCUACUCCUAGUACUAUUAAUCCCACAUAUGUUUCCAGUAUCAUUAGUACUGAAUCUGCUAUUCCUGAUACACCAACUUCUACCACAUUGAUCCCCCCGACUCUUAGCUCUAUAAACCUUUCAGAAGAUGUUACCUCUAUUGGUACCACUUUAAAUUCUGCGACUGAUAAUCCAACAUCUAUUACAACUGUUCCCAUGUCCAUUAUUUCGUCCAACCCCACAACCGGCAGUGUUUCAACCACGACAAGUAUUGUGUCUGCCGUUCCCACCGAUCCUUUACCAUAUAGUUCACUAGUUGACACUGUUGCUUCUAGAAUUCUUGAUUCUAUUGGAUUAAAUAAUAACAUUUCUGAAGCUGCUACACAAGUAGUAGAUAGAAUUUUGACUCUUUUUACAAAUGCAUUGGGACCAAUUCUUACUCAGCUGUUAUCUUUUUUGUUUGGUUUUGACACUUCACAAAAGCGUGACAAUAUAGCAGAUGCCAUUUCAAUUUUUACAGACGCGAUUAAUACAAUUUCCAGCUGGAUUCAGGAUCCUUCGUUCCAAGAUUUUCUUUCUGAAAUUACGAAUCUUCAGCAAUUUUCAGAUCCUGCUGAUAUUGAAGCCAACUUUCUCCAAUCUAUUGGGUCUACUUACACUGCAGCUAAAGAAAUUAUAGACAGUUUGGCAGCCAGCAAUCCUGAUUUUAAGGCAGUUGCGGAUAAUUUCUAUUCCGUGGCAAAUCAAGCAUUUACUGAAGUUAACUCAGCACUUUUUACAGCACCCAGUUUGUCUACUUCUGAGAGUCUUUCUCUGUCUUUUAGUGACACAGAAUUGUCUUCGGUAUCUGUAUCUGCAUCUGCAUCUGCAUCUGCAUCUGAAUCGGAAUCGGAAUCGGGAUCUUCCUUAUUUGGUCCUCAAUCUAGCUAUUCAUACGAGUCUUCACAAGUUUCUGAGUCUUCAUAUUCAGCCAAUUCUGAAAGUUCGGAAUCCUUUGAGUUGUCAAUAUCUGAGUUUUUAGUUUCUGAGUCUUCUGCAGUAGAAGUGACCAUUUCUGAUUCAUCUGUUUCUGAGUUUUUAACUGCCGAAUCUUCUCUUUCGGAUUCCAAAUCUCUUCAAUCUGACUCUUCUAGUUUUGAGGCUUUAGUCUCUGCUUCUUCUCAUGUUUUUACUUCAGAAUCCUUUGCAUCUGAGUAUUCUAUUGCCGAGUCUUUCAUUUCUAAUUUGGUUUCUCAGCAAGAAUCUUCAAAUGCUCCUGACUUUUCUUCUAUUUCUGAACCUGUUGAAGCAUCUUCGUUUCCCUCGACUUUUGAUUUUUCCAGUGUGUCUACAUCUGCUGGUAAUUCUGAACCAUUGUUAACUGAAAGUACAGUUGAGGCAUCUGAAAGUAUCUCUGAACCCUUUUUUAGUGAAGCUUCUCUUUCUGAAACUGAUGUUUCACCUUCUAGUGGAAAGGGUACAACCACGCUUACCAAUACAGUUACCAAGUACACCACAGUUACAUCUGUUGAAGGAACCAAAACUGUAACCACUGAGGUUCCUUGCGAAACAACGACAGAGACUGUCAUUAUCAAGCCUGAAACAACCUUCACUUUGACUGAGCAGUGUUCUAAGUGCACAGCCAAAACUGUGACUUCAACAACAGUUGUUACAUUGACUUCUACAAAGGCAGACCAGGAAGUUGUGACUAUUACAACCACAAAAGAGGUUUCUUUAGUUGAAGAAGUUACAAAGAUUCCUGGAUUGAGUGAGUAUACUACACUCACUCGCACACUUACAGAAGAGUGCAGCCAGUGUGUGACACGCACUCAGUCUCAUGUUGGAACAACCACGUACACAUCUAUUGUUGGUUCAUCCACGGUGACUGUUACAAAGCCCUUUACUACAGGCUACACAAUAGUAGAGUCGCCAUUGUCAUCUGGUGGUAUUUAUACUGCUACUGUGACUGCCGCUUGCUUUUUGUGUAAGACGUCGACAAAGGUUGAGUCUGGCCUUACUACAUACACCACAUUUUCUGAAGGUUCUGUCGUCACUAUUACUACGCCUUGUGAAAGCACAUAUACCGUUGUUGAAUCGCCAAUUACCACUGGUGAUUCUACUAUAUACUCCAUAAUUACUGUGCAAAGUUCUUUGCUGCCGACAACUACUGAGGUUAUAACUGUUUCUAAGUUAUGUAAUUCUUGCAAGACUUUGACCAAGGUUGAAUCUGGAUCGACAACAUACACCUCAACCUCUGAAAACUCAGUCAUUACUGUCACUGAGCCAUGUGAGAGCACAUAUAUUGUGGUUGAAUCACCAAUUUCUGUUAGUGGCUCAACUUUUUACUCUACUGUCAUUGUAGAAAGUUCAUUAGUGCCAACAUCAGCUGCCACUGAACCAUGUACUGCUUGCAAAACAUUGACUACAGUGGAGUCAGGAAUGACCACUAAGACAAAGACUUCUGGAAGUGUGGUCGCCACAAUCACUGAGCCAUGCGAGUCUACGUAUAUUAUUAUUGAAUCGACUGGUACAAACAGUGGGUCUACCAUUGUGGAUACGGUUACAGUGCCAUUAUUGAGUGUUUCUAUUGGAACUGAGGCCGUUGUGGUUAAGACAAGUAGUAGUUUGGAAACUACUGUAGCUGAGUCUGGAAAGCCAUCUUCGGCGUUGACAUCAAUAGAGAUUGUGCCAAGUGCCAGUGGCACUUUGAAGACUGCAUUAACUGAGACAUUGACAGCAGCUUCUGAGGCUCUAAAGAGUGUGGCUAGUAGCAGUAGCAUCUCUGCAGUGGAGACAAUCAAGGUAUCCUCAGGCAGUGGUGUUGCAUCUGAGGCAAGUUCCACGUCGAGCUCCACAUCUAUUCAGUCGAUCGCGCAGGUUCCCACAGGAACUUCAGUGGGCAGUGGUACGACGAUAGAGCAGGUGAAUUCUGGAGUGUCGACCAGAGUUCAAAGGCUUGUUUCAGUUAUUGCAUUAGCCAUUGCGUUGAUUAUGUGA